AUGGACGAGCACGUGUACGAGCAGCUGCUGCGGGCCGUCGACGUCUGCCACGCGACCGGGAGCCUCAAGGCCGAGCGCGACGCGGCCUAUGCCUACUGCGAGCAGUUCCAGCAGCAGCCCAACUGCGUCAGCUACGCCUUCUACCUCCUCCAGCAGCGUGGGCAUGCCAGCCACCACCGCCACUUUGCGCUGCAUGUCGUCGAGAACUAUAUCCGCGUCCACUGGAAAGCGUGCUCGGCCGACGAGACGGUGCAGUACCGGUCGACGCUGCUCAACAUUGUGGCGUCGCAUGUGGCCGCCGACGAGCCGUCGUUCAUCAAGGAGAAGCUGGUCAAGGUGCUCGCCGACAUUGCGAAGCGCCAGUUCCCGCAGCGCUGGCCCGACCUCCUCGAGCAGCUUCUUUCGCUCUGGUCCAUGGGCCCGAUCCAGACCGAAAUCGUCAUGCUCCUCUUCCGGUCGAUCGCAGAAGACUGCGUGAGCUCGAGCUUCAACAGCACGAUCCCGCCGAUUCGGCGCAAGGACAUUCUCCAAGGCCUCAACGCGUGCUUCCCGACGCUCUUCCCGCUCGUGUACACGCAGCUCGAGGUGCAGUAUGCGCAGCUGCAGACGCCAUCGGCCGACCACAAGACGGCCAACGCCGUCAUCUUGGCCGCCCUCCAAAUGAUGAAGGAGUUCCUUGACUGGAUGCCGGUGACGACGCCCGCCCUCCUCCUGCAGUCGUCGGCGCUGCAACACAGCAUCCGGAUCGCGGCCGCCGAGUGCUUGGAAGUCUACUUUUCGCGUACGUUUGGGAAAGACCAUUUGCCGCUCUUGGUAGCGACAACACAGGCGUGCUGGUCGUCACUGGCGCAGAUCUCGGUCGCCGACGUCGACGACGUCGACGACUUGAACUUGCAUUUGCACUUGAACCGCGUCCUCGUGAGCUGGGGCUUGCAUCAGCUCGAGCUGCUCGUGGCCGAGCUGCCAGCGUCGCACGACGUACUAUUGCCGUUUGUCGAGCUUCUCCUGCGCCUCUUUCAGCACCCGUCGCUCACGGUCACGGAGGCUCAAGUCAUCGUGUGGCUCAACCUCCUCAAGCAAAAGAAGGUCGUGAGUAGCCUCUUGGUGCCCCACAACGUCUUGCCAGCGCUCUGGCGCACCUCGAUGGACAAGUACUUUAAGCUGCACUCGCCCGACCGCGACGACGCCGACGCCGUGAGCGCGCUCGAGUUUGAAGACAAUGACGCGUACCUGGCCUUCUUUAGCAACUUUCGCGGGCGCCUCUACGGUAUUCUGCGGCUCCUUUUGCAAUUGCAGCCCGGCGUCGGCUUGCAGCUGCUCUACGAGCGGCUGCAGUACGUCUUGUCGACGCAUGCGCGUGGCUCGGACGGGCUCGACGAGCGUGGGCACUGCACCGACAGCAGCACCGCGCAUCUGUACCACGAAGGUCUCGUCGCACUCAUCGACUGCAUCAUGAAGUCGCUCCCCGAGGCGGCCCUCAACGAUGCGAGCUGCUUGGCGACACUGAGCGCGACGGUCGAGGCGCUGUUGGCGUACGAGACGCCAGACCCGUGGCUGCUCUUCCGCCACUGCCUCGGUCUCUCGCUCUUCGCCAAGUACUACAUGCGUGCGCCGGGCUUGUACCCGCGCGUGUUUGAGCGGCUCUUUGGCCUCAUUGUGUUUGCACAGCCGGGCGCGACGACCAUGAACGUCAUUGGCCUCUUCCCCGUCGUGCUCGACAGUGAAAGCGUCCUGCUCUACGAGAUGCUCGUCCUGGUCUCCAACUCGCUGCCGACGGCCGACGAGCGCACGUCGUUCAUUGGCCAAAUCGCUGCCGAGCCGUUGGCGUCCUGGACGUCCCCGGCCAUGACGGCGCUCGUAGCGUCACCGUCGUCGCUGGUCAUGGCCAUGGCGGCCAAGGACGACGCGCUUGUCUUUGGCUUGGUCAAAGUGCUCACGACGUUGUAUGGGAUUGCCCGCCGUAUCGUCUUUAAUGAUGACGUGCACCCGUUCACGAGCGUCUGGCCCGUCUUGCUGCCCAACUUGCUCGCUCUCUUGCGGACGCUGCAGACGCUGCCCGUCGAGCAGCAUGCACUCUUUGCAUCGCACGACACCUCGGACGUCCGCGGCGUGCUCUGCAUGUCCCAAGAAGAGGUCGUCCAGGCGCUCGUCGGGAAAGAGCAAGUGCCGGUCCUCCAGCCCGACCUCCUCAAGUAUGCGCGCUGGGCCAAGAACGUGCGCGACAUUAGCUACCACCUCCUCGGGUGCGCGCUCUCGCUGCCCAGCUUUUACACGCUCGUCGACCUUCCGUCGCUCGCCAACAUGCUCGACCAGGCCGUGCUCGUGCACAUGGAGACGAUGGAGCACCGGCAUUGGAAGUCGUUUCUCGCGAGUGUGUGGCUGCCGUUUGUCAAGGGCUGUCCCGAGACGCACCUCGGUCCGCUCCUCGAGUCGCGGCUCCAGCGCGUCUUAAUCCACCUCUCGUCGCGGCUCGCGCCGGUCUGGGCCGGGUCGCCGUCGCCGGCGCUGCAUCUACCCAUGCUCAUCGGCCUCGACAUGCAAGCCACGACGAUCGAUACGGUCCAAAACGCAGUCGUGCUCGAGGUCGUGCGCCAUACCGUCGACUUGAUUGAAGCGCUCGUGGAUGCCAAGACCGUCGUUGAUAUCGACUCGGACCACCCCAAGCACAUCAUGAUGGAGAAGGACCGGGUCCGACGCGACUUUGUCUUGGCGUCCCCGGGCCUCACGCACGCGCUCACGUCACUUCUGCUCAGCGUGCUCAUGUGGCGCGACACGCUGAGUGCGCGGCGCAGUGCAAUCUUGCUAGACCGCCUCGUGAGUCUUUUGUUUGGCCGCCUCGACCUCGGCGUUCUUCUCGGAAAGGACGUGUUUACGGCGGCGCUCACAUCUCUCCUGUCGCACUUUUACGACGUGGACGACGGCCUCAAAUGGGAGCUCGUCAACUUGCUGCGCAACAUCUACUGCCGCUUGACGCUCGGUCUCCUCCCGGUCGACGAGUGCAAGGGCAUCGACCCGCUCAACCAACCCCGGAAACGCGACGUAGACGUCAACCCGUGGCCGCGCCAGAUCCUCCUCGGCCUCGCCACCGUCGAGACGGGCCAUGUGGUCGAGCUCGAGGCAGCGCUGCGGCAAUUCCCGAGCAUGAAGACGCAGAAGAACCUCAUGAAAGAGUUCCUCGAGACGCCGUUCCUGGCGUACCGCGACGCGCCGCAUACGUUCAAGGCCAUUGACGACCUUCCGGAGGCGCUGAUCUUGCCGACCAAGGCCAAGGAAGCGCCCGACCAGCACGACGAGGGCGUGAGCCUCCUCUUCCAGCGUUGA